CUUGCCACCAAGUCCGAGUAGAGCUUGUUGAAGGCCAAAGUUUCGUGGUUGAUAACAGUAGCAGAGUUUUCAGUGCAGAAAUGGCGGCCACCAGAGUGAUAGCUACAGCAGGAGGACUGCUUCAUCAAGGCAACACCACCACUUGUCUCCUCCUCAAGCAGACCUUCUCGUUAAGGCCUGGACCUCGCAAUCUCUACCUCAACAAUCUCAAUUUCAAUCUCAAUCUCAGCAGAUCACCUAAGAGGCUCUUCACUUGCAGAGCUCUCCAGGCUCCCCAAUUCCAAACAAAAGAAGAGGGACAACCUGAAACCUUUGGUUACAGAGUCUUCUUUGUCGACAAUUAUGGCAAAAAGGUUUCCCCUUGGCAUGACAUACCAUUGCAAUUGGGUGAUGGAGCUUUUAAUUUUAUUGUCGAAAUUCCAAAAGACACAAGUGCAAAGAUGGAGGUUGCUACUGAUGAGCCAUAUACUCCGAUAAAGCAGGACACAAAGAAAGGGAAACUUCGAUUCUAUCCCUACAACAUAAACUGGAAUUAUGGAUUGCUUCCACAGACAUGGGAGGACCCAUCGUUUGCAAAUUCUGAAGUUGAGGGGGCACUAGGAGAUAAUGAUCCUGUUGAUGUUGUUGAGAUUGGUGAACACCGGGGAAAGAUUGGUGAGAUACUCAAGGUCAAACCCUUAGCUGCUUUGGCCAUGAUUGAUGAGGGGGAGCUUGACUGGAAAAUAGUUGCGAUCUCGUUAGAUGACCCAAAAGCUUCACUUGUGAAUGAUAUUGAUGACGUUGAGAAACAUUUCCCGGGCACUCUGACUGCAAUUAGGGACUGGUUCAGAGACUACAAGAUCCCAGAUGGCAAACCUGCUAACAAGUUUGGUCUUGGCAACAAGGCUGCAAACAAGGAUUUUGCAUUAAAAGUCAUCACUGAGACAAAUGAAGCUUGGGCUAAACUGGUCAAGAGAUCCAUUCCCUCCGGAGAACUUUCACUCGUGUAAAUACCAUUCCUCAUUUAUUUGUAGAGUCGAAACUUAACAGUGCUGCUGCUCGUCCUUAAAUGGACCCAUCAUUAAUCUUAUUCCUUUGGGUGAGCGAGACCCUGGAGAGCAUCUUUUACUUGUUUGGAUCAUCAGAUAAUUGGCAUCUUUUUCUUGUUA